UAAUAAUGCAACACUCAAUUCAAGAAAUCUAAGCUAUGUCUUUAUUAACACUCUAUAGAAUGUUGAUUAAGAAUGUUUAAUAUUAUCCAAGCAAAAACAAAUUCAAAAUUAUGUUGGCUAUCAAGGAAUCGUAAAUAAUUAUUAUUCUAUAUUCAUUUAUUAGAUUCAGAGACCAUAGAAACCUUAAUGAUCCUAAAAAGGUUAUUUAGGAAAUUAAAAUUGCUUAAAUGGGGUUACGAAAUUUAGAAAUGUAUAGAAUCAAAAAUUAAGAAAUGAAAGAUGUUUACAAAGUUAAGGAUGAUGGAUUCUAAGAGUCUAUGAAUCCAAAAGAUAAAAAUUUUAUAUAUUUUUGAGUUAAC